UGUGUGAUAUGUGUAGUCACCCACACACGGUCACGAUCCUAUAAUCCGUUGAAGUGGACAGGAAUGAUAGUUUUAUUUCGGUCAAGGUGCAAAGUUUAUCUUAACUGAGAGUAAACAAGCAAAUUAAUUCCGUUAUCUGACAACCAGGUGCGCCUAUGAAUGUAUAGGGCUGGAGUCGUAUACUGUUCCGUAUUCACACGCCCACCUCCGUUCAUGAAAAUGUUGACGUUACUUCUCGCUUGUUUUUCAUUUCUGGGACAGAUAUACGGCUCCUCCGUUCCCUUAAAAACCAGAGCUUUUCCAAGUUUUCUACCUGGAACUCAGUUGGGUCACGUCAAUGCUGUUGAAGAAGCUUCCGGUUUAUGCGCCAGCAGAGUAAACCCGAACAUCUUGUAUACCCACAAUGACAACGGAGAUGGACCCAAACUCUACGCCAUCAGUGCUCUCACUGGAGAACUAAAGAAAACCAUUCACGUGCAUGGCGCUCAUAACUACGACUGGGAGGAUAUCGCUUGUGGACCUUGUGAUGUAAAUGGAGGAGACUGUGUAUAUAUAGGAGAUAUUGGCGAUCAUUCCGGAGAUGGUGCUCGGAAUAUAAUUUACAAAAUUCGGGAGCCAUUGAUCACAAAUUCUCAUGGAGACGUGACUGUCGAUGUCGACGCACAGAUUCGUUUUAUAUGGAACCCACAUCAACAGGACAGUGAAACACUUAUGGUGGAUCAGCAUCGGAACCUUUACAUCAUAUCAAAGGUGUCAGACGGCCAAGGAAAGGUGGGAAUGAUUGAAAGCUCCGCUUGGGAUACCUCUACAGCGAUAGUCACGGUCAGUAACCUUGUCACCCUCCCACUCUCGACAGGAAAUAACGACCCGACGGGCGGGGACAUCUCCCAAAGCGGUCAAGAAAUUAUAAUUCAGACCCACCAUCAGAUAUUCUAUUGGCAGGUAGUAGAUGGAAUCGGCAUUAAAGAGACAUUUAUUCAGAACCCGAUAGGUGUCCCGUUCCACUAUAAGAAGAACGUAGAAUCAGUCGCCUGGGAUGCGAAUGGGAGAGGGUACUAUACUGUCGCGGAGGGACACCACGAGAAUCUGUAUUACUACGCAAGGCAAUGACACCAGCAGUACGACAUUUGCUGUGCUUAUAUUUGUUGUUCUAUUGCACCCUCGGACAUUUUAAAAGUAACCAAACAAGAAAAUAUACGAUACUUUAUAUGCACAAAAACUUUCUUGUUAUUAAAGUUUACACUUAUUUUAAAACCCAAUUUUUCAUAUUUGCUUAAAUGCUUAAUGACUUUCCAAAUGCUUGGGUGCUGGUAGUUUUAAUAUAUACAACAGUAUUACAGACAUAAUCAAGUUAUGAAAACGAAAUAUUUACAGUUUUAAAUGUUAUUGACUCAAUAACCUUUGUUGAGCUCAUUGUCAUUAUCACUCGAUGGCGACAGGCAUUCUCGUGUGCGUAGUCACCGUGUACAUGGAUAUGUGUACGUCAACAACCCGGGGAUUUCCAUUACUAUUUAGUAAUUUCAUUAGUGAUUUCAUAAAAAAGAUUCAUUGUUGAAAUGUUUACAUACAUUGUUGAAAUUUAUACAUUCCGAUGACGUCACACCCGAUGAUUUUUCUGACGUGUUUGUGUUCAUUUACAUGGGCGGAACCACCAUUUUUUAAAAGGGGGGGUGGGGGUUCCAACUUCAUGCCAAAGGUCAUGUGAGGACCGAAGGCCGCCGGACGCGGGCCGUAGGCCGGAACUAGGGGGAGAACACGAGAGGGGGGCUGAUAGCCCCUUCUUGGAAGAGGGGUACGGGGGGUCUCACCCAGAAAAAAAUUGAAAUCCUAGAUGACCGAAGAUGGCUUUUAAGUACGUUUGAGAACAAAAUGAGGAUAAUUGUUUGAUUGCCUCACUGGACCGGUUAUUGUUUUAUCAUCCAAACAUAUAUAAAUAGCGUGUUUUUCUCAAUAAAAUUCACUACUUAUAAUUGAAAAAACACUCGAUUGUUCUCAAUCUGUACUACAUCAUUUAUUGACUAUUUCCGGGUACUAGAUGGGUCGCACGCUACACCUGUAUAUUUUAUAUUUCCAUCCGUACUUUCUUUGACUUCGAUUGUUAUCCUUGUGUGCUUUAAUAUUAAUGCA